GCAGCUCUCUGGUACAGAACCGCGGAGGAGGGCGCGUUACAGAAGGACAUUCAGGUUUCAUUGAUGCACGCUACGCCAGAAACAUUUGCAAAAAAGAACGAGAGGGAACUUUCGACGCACCACUAGUCCGUCUUCACGCUCUAUCUCCAGAUUAAGAAGGGUUCAAUCGCUGUCCAUCUGAAGAGCCAUGUCACUUGUUGAAGAAUACGAGGAAGGGGAGUAUGGGAGAGCGCCGAAGCGACUGAAGACGGCAGAGGUGGAGGAGGGCGAGGAGCUGGAGGAGGGAGAGGACUCAGACGCGGAGUCUGCAGGGCUGCUCGGAGAUGUAGAGAAUGUAGGAGCCGAGAAAAAAGCCCUGUGGACCACAACGAAAUACGGACCUGCAAGACGGGACAGUGGGGAGGACUCCCACAGGAUUGCCCAGUCCCCAGUGGUCCAUGUCAGGGGGCUGUGUGAGGCUGUGGUAGAGGCUGACCUGGUGGAGGCCCUGGAGAAGUUUGGACCCAUAUGCUAUGUGAUGAUGAUGCCCUUUAAGCGGCAGGCGCUGGUGGAGUUUGAGAUGGUGGAGAGUGCUGAUAAGUGUGUGGCGUGUGGGAGUAGCGAGGCCGUCUACAUCGCAGGCCAGCAGGCCUUCUUCAACUAUUCCACCAGCAAGAGGAUCACUCGCCCCACCAACUCAGACAACCCCAACAGUGGCAACAAAGUCCUGCUCCUGUCUAUCCAGAAUCCCCUCUACCCCAUCACCACGGACGUUCUCUACACCGUCUGCAACCCCAUCGGCAGUGUGAUGCGCAUCGUCAUCUUCAAACGCAACGGCAUCCAGGCCAUGGUGGAAUUUGAGUCCGUCGAGUGUGCUCAGAAAGCUAAGGCUGCUCUCAAUGGAGCCGACAUCUAUGCCGGCUGCUGCACCUUAAAAAUCGAAUAUGCAAGGCCAACUCGCUUGAACGUGAUCAGAAAUGACAACGAGAGCUGGGACUACACAAAGCCUUACCUGGUCCGAAGAGAUGUUUCAGAGCGUGGGAAGGGCAGGCAGGCCAUACUGGGGGAGCACCCGUCCUCUUACGGAGACAAUGGAUACGGGUCACACUGCCCCCUGCUGCCUCUCCCAGGGAACAGCAGGUACAAGCUGAGCUCCCACGACAUCCCAGAGGUAGUGGCUUACCCCCUGCCCCAAAGCUCCUCCUACAACAACCACGGCUCUAGCUCUGUCGCCAUGGUGAGCGGCCUGCACCCCACCAAGAUGAACUGCACCCGCAUCUUCAACCUUUUCUGUCUCUAUGGCAACAUCGAAAAGGUGAAGUUCAUGAAGAGUGUCCCGGGCACUGCCCUAGUAGAGAUGGGGGAUGAGUAUGCAGUGGACAGGGCCAUCACUCACCUCAACAGCAUCAAGGUGUUUGGCAAGCGGCUUAAUGUCUGUGUGUCCAAGCAGCAUGCGGUCAUACCCAGUCAGGUGUUUGAACUGGAGGACGGCAGCAGCAGCUAUAAGGACUUUGCCAUGACCAGGAACAACCGCUUCACCAGCCAAGGCCAGGCCUCCAAGAACAUCAUCCAGCCACCCUCCUGUGUGUUGCACUACUACAACGUUCCUCCCUGCAUCUCAGAGGACCAGCUACUGAGGCUAUGCUCAGAGCAUGAUGUGCCGGGUUUCACCAAGUUCAAGAUGUUUGAUGCAAAGCCCUCCUCCAAAACUAUCUCUGGGUUGUUAGAGUUUGACUCCAAGACACACGCGGUUGAGGUCUUGACCGUCCUAAACCACUACCAGAUCAGAAUACCAAAUGGCUCUAACCCCUACACCCUGAAGCUGUGCUUCUCCACGUCCUCUCACCUCUGAGGAACUCAGGACCAGGGCACCAGCAGGACUGACCAGAGCCCAGUAGGAGAUGGAGAGAGAGAAAGGAUGGGGCCGGGAGGGACAGAGUACUGAGCUAACAAGACACUGAGACUCACUGUCUCCCGUUGAAGUGGAGAAGACUACUGAAACACACAAGUGUGAAACACUGGAAAAUUGCUGAAGAGGUUUUCUCUUGUACCUCUUAUUUUCUAGUAUUUUCUGUUCUGUUAGUUUUUAAGUUCUCUAUAUAGAGAGAGCCAAUCAGAACUAAGAACAGAGAGACGACACCCUCUCUUCCCAGCGUCCAUUGGGGCUGAGCAUGGUACUGUAAUGUAACAGAUGACCCCUGAAAAGACUUGUUGUGGGCAGAAUGUGAUUACUUGCCAAUUUUUGCAUUGUGUAAGAAGACUGAAUAGAGGACGUCCAAUAUGCAUCCAUGCUGGUAAAGACUAUCCAAAAUGGUCGCCAUAUUUAUGGGUUGACAGUACUGCAUUUAUGCUCACCUUAUUUAGCUGAGCAGCAGAAACUCAGUCGGUACUUCAGUGGAACAAUGUGUCAAUAUGAAUUCAAAAUCGCACUGUACCAUGUAAAUGUGUAUAUAAUUUAAAUGAAAGCUCUGCUAUAGAGGGUUGGGACAGGGGGUGAUAUUAUUCAUCUUAUUUGAGGUCAUUGUGUCAGCAGGUGUUUUGCUUUGGAGUGGACCGUUUAAUGAUGCGUUUUAGACACUGUGUUUGUACGAUGUUUACACAUGAAGAGCCCAUGGUCUGUGUAGUAUGUCAGUGUUUUGGGGCACACUGUUUGAAUGUUAGUACUGGGUUCAGUGUAGUAUCAUGGCUCGCCUGCACUGGUUCAGUGUCAGUAGUUUUGUACAUUCAGACUGUUUUAGUGUUUAGUGACACGCCGAUGUCUUAUGGUCACAAAAUGGCUGUAUCCAGAAUCAUUAUACAUCACCCCUAGCUCUUUGCCUCAUUAAUUAGCAAAUAUUUUGAUAUUAAUUAGUAUAUUUAAAACAUUUAUGGACAUUUUCAGAUGUCCUAAUCCCUCAAAUACCUAAGGUUAUUUGGGAACAGCCCUGUCAAAGAGUGUAACAAAUAAUAUGACUACAAAUUCUUAGCACAACAAACUUGGAAUUCCAUUUUACUUGCAAAAUAAGGAAAUGACAUGUUAAAGCCUAAUUCCAUUGGUCUGCUCUGUAUGUACUAUUGUAUAACAUGAGCAAUUACAUACAGUACAAACCUUAAGGUGUUAAUCAAGCUUUCUGCAAGUAGCAAAUUGCUAUUGUAUCUACUGCAGGGGAGGCUUUUCCAGGCACAGGAUCAGGUUUGAUUGGUUCUGGAUGCAUCCUGAGAACGUGACAUUCAUUAAUCAUUCAACAGUCUACAGAUCCUCUUACAUUUUAUUAUUCCAGAAUUGUUCCACAUUCCGACUUCCAUUUCAAAAGCCUGGAGUUACCAUAAACAGCAGUCUUGUGCUUAAGUUCAUGUUAUCAUCAAAUGUAAGACACUACACGCAUGUUCAGGUGGGUAGAUCCCAUGACUUCCAUGUCUGACUGGUCAUUAAAUGGCGUUGUAUCUAUGGCUUUGUGGUGUAUUUUAUGGAGUUUUGUGAUCUGUGCCAGUGUUAGUCACUGGAGUGACACCAGAAUCGAAUCCUCAUGCACACUACUGAUUGUGCAUUCUCCUGCCCUAUGAACUUUGAGAACACACGACAAUGAAUUCCCUUAAACAAACUUCAGAGGAUCCCUCUGCACACAAAUGUAUCUCUGAGGGCAUAACUUGUUCAACUAGAACACUGCAGCCUUUGCUUUCCAGAGUCCCUAUUGU